AUGUCAGCGAUAAUAAUAACAACCACUUCUUACCCUCGAUCUUUAUCACGUCCAUCUAAUUCUCGAAGACAAACGCAAACGCAAACGCCCAACGAGACGCAAUCGCAAGCGAAUGAACAAACACCUUUAUUACGUCCACCUUCACCUUCACCUUCAUGUUCUUCCUCAAUCUCAUCAUAUUCUUCAUCAUCCGAAACCCUAUACAGGUCUCCGCCAUUGAAAGAUUCAAUAUCAACAGCUAGGUUCUGCAUAGUAUGCGCUGGGAUAUGGUCAGCGAAUUUCGUUUUCGCUUUUCAGUCUACUGCUAUACCGACUUUAGCUCCUGAGAUUGGAAGUUGGUUUCAGCAUGCUGAAUUAGCAGCUUACUUAGGAAGUGGAUUUACUUUAGCUAGCACCGCAGUGAUACCUCUAUAUGGAGUAUUCAUGGAAACUCUAGGACGUAAAUUCGCUAUCAAUGCAGGAUGUCUCCUAUUUGGAGCUGGAACGAUCAUGUGUGCAAUGUCUAAUCACAUGUACACAUUGAUCGGAGCUAGAGUGUUCGCCGGUUUGGGUGGAGGUGGGCUAUUGACAGUCUCAAGUGUGAUCGUUACGGAUCUAGUACCACUGAGGGACAGAGGGUUCUACCAAGGCCUUAUGAUGACCGUCUUUGGAUCUGGAUCAAUGUUAGGUGGACCCAUAGCGGGAUGGUUAACCGAUAAAUAUGGAUGGCAUUGGUCAUUCUGGGUACAAUUACCUGUAAUAUUGUUUUGUUCAAUAAUAGUUACUAUCUUCUUACCUACUCCACCCAUUCCACCGACCCAUAAAUCGUUGUUAGCUGGAUUAGCUUCAUUAGAUUGGUUAGGAUCUUUCCUCUUAAUUGGAUCUGUCACUACUCUCUUACUUGGAUUAUCAUUCCAUACUUCAUACCUCGAGCCAUGGUCAGCUCCAAUCGUUUGGGGUAUGUUGAUCGCAUCUGUAAUAGCUACCGGUCUAUUUGUAUAUGUGGAAACAAAAGUAGAAAGACCGGUUUUGCCAUUAGAGUUGUUCAAAUCAAGUCAUAUCGCUGCCAUAAAUACUUGCGGAUUCUUCUUAAGUCUAGCCAAUCAAGCUUUCAUGUACCAAAUACCCGUCUACUUUGCAGUCGUAGUGAACACAUCCACUGCUCAAGCAGGAUUGAUCAUGUCAUUAUGUGGUGGAUUGGGUUUAGCUAUUGGAUCUAUGGCUGCUGGACAGUACAUCCGUUCCGGCCAUUCAUGGAAAUACCUUGGCCCGAUAUCACUCUUCCCUCCUAUAAUAGGAGCCAUAGUAGCGGCGAUGUGGGAACCUACUUGGCCUUGGUGGAGCUAUUACGCUACUGUCUUACCCUGUGUUUUAGGCUAUUCCACUUUCUUAUGCGUUGGACUUGUGGCUCUGAUAUCUAGUGUGGAUAGCAAGAUCAUGCCAAAAGCUACUGCUUUGUUAUAUACUAGCAGAAGUCUGGGUGCGACAUUAGGUAUGAGUCUCGGUGGAUCGGUCCAACUUGGUGCAUUGGCUGGUGAUCUGAAAAUCCGAUUCAGCGGUGUUGAGAACAGCAAUGAGAUCAUAUCAGCUAUAUUACAUUCUAAAUCAGCGAUCAAAUUACUCCCUCCCUCGCUUAAAGCAAUAGCGUUAACUUCAUACGCGCAUUCUUUGAGCAUAGUCUGGAUGUUCUCAGCUAUAAUAGCAUCUGUAUGUUUCGUCAAUUCAUUCUGGAUUGAGAGUAGUGAAAUCCACAACGAAGAUGGUACUGGUAAUAACGGUAAAUCUUCUGAAAUCCAAAAUGCUGGUGGAGGUGUUAUCGAAGGAGGAUUUGGAGAAGGUCUGGGCGAUGCGACGAUCGAAGGUGAAUCUGGAAGAUAA